CGAAACGUGCCAUGUGGUCGACGUGAUGUUUUCUAAUUUGAUUCGUAUAUAUUGAGGAUAUUGAAUAUAUUGAGUAUAUUGCGUAUAUUGCGUAUAUUGCGUAUAUUACGUAUAUUGCGUAUAUUGUUCCACGUUCUUUAAAUCUUUUUCUACAUUUAUCAAAUCGAGAAACAUGUCAGAAGUUCACGAAGCUGUGGGGAAGAAACGGAAACAAAGGCGUUCUCACACGCAGAUGGUGAAGAAAUUUGCUCGUCAGAGAGAUACCGGCAGCAAUCUUGAUCAAGAUACUUAUCAAUACUUGAUACGUAUUCUCGACCUAAUGCGCAAAGAUUUUUCCACAUCUGAAGAAAAGAUAAUGUUUGUGCAGAACGUAUAUCAGGAAAUAACAGGUCGCGAAGCUGAAUGCGCGCGUAAUCAAGUUGGAUCUCGUGUCAUGGAAUCUCUGCUGAAGCAUGCUAGCUUGGAGGCCAUUCAGACAUUGGUUCAAGCAUUCGAAGUCUCUCUAAGACAAUUGAGCAGCGACAAAUUUGCGAGUCAUGUCUUGCAAGAAAUAAUAGUGGUCUGCGCUGACAGAGGCAACAGAAUUCCUACAUCUACCAUUAAUGAGCUUGUGAAAGAUAAAACAAUCACACCAAAAUUAGAAAAAACUGAUAAAUUGGUCAUAGAAGAUAAACUUGAUACUUAUACUAUUGAAGUUAAAUCUGAAGUGAAAUCUUACAAUGCUGUUGUCAUAGAAGAUAAACUUGAUACUUAUACUAUUGAAGUUAAACCAUCUGAAGUGAAAUCUUACAAUGCCAUUGUCCUGAAGCUAAGUAAAUAUUUUUUGAAUAAUAUUGAAGAAUUUGCGUUUGACACUUACGCUAACCAUGUAUUGCGGACAGUCGUAGAAUGUCUAGCAGGAUUAAUUGGAAAGUCUGAUAAUGAAGAUAAAAAGAAAUUUACUGUACCGUGCCUUGCAAAAAGGCGUCCUGUGAUACAGGAGUAUAAAGAUCUACUGAUACAAAGUUGCAAUCAACUACAGAAAUGGCCACUGUUUCGUGACUUUGCACAGAAAGACAUUACUUCUGGCUUAGUACAGUGUGUCUUAUAUUCGUUGAAAGAUGUUGAUCUAGAUUUAACAAAAACUAUCAUCAAGAAAAUUAUAAUCGCUUGUUUUAAAUCGAAAGAAGAUGAACAUUUUAUAACUAAUGUAUUUGCCACAGAGAGUUGUGUCAGGUUAUUAGAAGCUUGUUUAAUGGUGGCACAGCCAAAAACUUUCAAGAAGUUAUAUAAAAUAUUUUUUGCUGGAAAAUUGGAACUUUUAUGUUUGACACAAAAAUUUGCACAAAGUUCAAAUUUCAGUGUGCAAAGAUUGAUGGAUUAUUGUGUUACCAAAGAAAUCUUUGAAGAGAUAUUUGACGAAAUUUCAGAAUAUUUUCCAAGAAUUUUGCAACGAGGUUUUACUGGAAUAUUAAUUAGUGCUGGAAAUGCAUGUAAGAGGUUGCAAACAAAACAAGGUGCAUUUGUUAAUGCAAUGAUCAAGUCGUUGGAAUGUGACAAGUCUACAGAAGAUCAAGCACAACUCAUGCGUUGUAUUGUUACUUUGAAGAGUCCGACUCAACUGGAAUCAACCUCGGAUAAAUCACGACCAAUUCUUAAUUUACAUGGAAGUUUAAUAACACAAGCUAUAUUGAAUUUCAACAAGCCCAUCAAAAUCGUGAACUCUCUAUUGCAGAUGGACAAUGAAGAACUGUUAUGGUUAUUCGGUGAUCCAAAGGGCAGUCGCAUUCUAGAUGCCUUCAUGGACAGUAAAUACAUCGGUGAGAAGAGCAGAGAAAAGUUAUACAAGAAGUUACACGGUAUCUGGGCAGAGUUAGCUAAAAGCACGCAUGGAUCUAGAUGCGUGGACAAAAUGUGGGCAUCGGCGCAUAUGAAGCAAAAACUCCUCAUCAUGGAGGAAUUAGCCGCAGCUGGAGAAUCUUUAAGAUCCACAAAAUCGGGCCAGAUUAUCUUUACCAAGCUGAAUGUUGCGUUAUUUGCGAGAAAUAAGAAAGACUGGUCGGAAACACAAGGAAAAGAGGAGAAGACCAGAGCGUUAUUCGCGGAUAUCAUUGGAAAAACAAAAAAAUAAAAAUUCCAAAAAUAUGCCAUUGUUUAUGGUAUAAUAUUACUUUUGAUAUAUAUAUUAAAUAACUGACAAAAAAUUAGUAUUUUGUUUCUCUAAAAUGUCGAACACAUCUUUCUUUUUUAUAAAUUUAUGAUAGAAAAAUAGAUUUUAAUGCAAGAAAGAUACACAGAAAGGAUACAAGGAUACAAAUAUCUCUUAUCUUUUGGAAAAAUAU